AUGGAAAUCGUCUUAAGACAUGAUAGAAAAAUUUACGUGCUCGAAGAUGAACCACUGAAAGAGACUAUACCCAAUGCUUCAGAUGAAGAUCAGUCAUAUUAUUCUCAGUAUAUAGAAGAUGCACUGGAUGUGCAAUGCAUAAUGAUGUCUUCUAUGUCUCCCGAGUUGCAGAGACAACAUGAGAAUAUGAGUGCUAGGGAGAUUGAUCAGCACUUGCAUGAGCUCUUCCAAGAGAGUGCGAGAGAAGAGAGGUAUGAAACCUCUCGAGCACUAUUUCAUACCAUGUUGGAGGAAGGAAACCAAGUUGGGUCUCAUGUACUCAAGAUAAUCGGGUACAUAGAGAAGCUCGAGAGCUUAGGUUCCAAGUUAGACCAGGACUUGGCUGUUGACCUAAUCUUGUUGUCACUACCUCCAUCAUUUUCUCAGUUUGUGUUGAACUUCAACAUGAACAGCAUGGACAAGAGUUUGACUGAUCUGAUGGUAAUACUGCAAACUAUUAAGAAGGAUAUGAAGGUAAAUCCUUCACUGCAUGCAAUGAUGGUCAGAAAGACUAACAAGCGCCCUAACACCGGGACGUUUAAUCCCAAGGCUAAUGCAGUGAAGAAUCCUAGAUAUCAAGCUCAAAAGAAGCUUAAGAAAGGGAUGCAGGAUGUGCAAAGCCUCCACGAGCAGGCCGUGAGCAUUUCAUGGGCGUGGAGGCGUCAGAGGAACCAAAAUGGCGAAAGGCGAGUCACCGUGAGCUUAAAGGAGUCGGUUGUGUGA